UUACGGAAUCGAAAGUAGUAUCCUCAUCACGGUGGCCAGUCUACUAAGUGGCAACGUAACAGUGCGAUAUAAUGAAGGGUCGGAGGUUAUUAUUACGAGGGAUGUCAUCCUGGCAACCUCAUCCAGGUUAAAAGGAACAGUUAAUCCAUCAAUCACGACGACGACGACGACGACGACGACGACGACGACGACGACGACGACGACGAUAGAAACAACAACUUCCAGCAUGGAUAUCAAUAGUGAUUCGAAUAUCGAUACUACUAAUAGCACUGCUGCUGCAACUGUUGGCGCAAUCACCUCCGUCGUCGGUAGCGCCACAUCUUUGACGGUUAAGGCCGAAAAACCCGAUCAUCUAGCGGGGACAUCGACGGUGGCUGCUGUGACUGCUGGACCGAUCAGUACCGGAAGUAGCCUUUUCGCUGGUAUCACCAAUAGCAAUAAGACGACUAGAUCAGACGAUUGGGCAGUCUUCAGUCCUGAAUCACCGCAGAGUUCUCUACAGAAUCAGCAUGUGGUCUAUACCUCCUCUCAACAGCAAUUGUCGGAACAACCUCCUGUAGCGCAUUCCAGUCCGCAUCAACAGCAGCAAGUUAGCAAUAAUGGAUACGCGAGUCCCAUGAGCACAGGCAGUUACGAUCCAUAUAGUCCCAACGGCAAAGUAGGUAGGGACGAACUGUCUCAGUCGGGUUCAAUAAACGGUUAUGGAAAUAAUUCCGGGGGUGGUAAUGGCAGCGGAGGUGGCAAUGGCAGUGGGGGUGGAAGCGGUAAUAGUGAAGGAUGUGACGGAAAGAAAAGAAAAGGACCCACGCCACGGCAACAGGAAGAAUUGUGCCUUGUAUGCGGCGAUCGUGCAUCUGGUUAUCAUUACAACGCUCUAACGUGUGAGGGUUGCAAAGGAUUUUUCAGACGCAGCAUCACCAGAAAUGCUGUAUACCAGUGCAAGUAUGGCAAUGGCUGCGAAAUCGACAUGUAUAUGCGCCGCAAGUGUCAGGAGUGCAGGCUAAAGAAAUGCUUGACGGUCGGUAUGAGACCUGAAUGCGUUGUGCCCGAGUACCAAUGUGCGGUAAAGAGAAAGGAGAAGAAAGCACAGAAGGAAAAGGACAAGCCGAACAGUACGACGAUGAAUGGUUCGCCGGGCAGCGCCGGAAUGGGUGAUCAGAUGGGAGUUAAAAUCGAGCCAGCGGAAACCGAAUCGUUGUCUAUGUCUGGAAGUAGUGGCAUUCUUACUCCUGUCAGCCCUUAUACUUGUAUCAAACCUAUUAGUCCUGAACAAGAGGAACUAAUAAAUAGACUCGUGUCUUUCCAAUGUGAAUUUGAACAACCAAGUGAAGAGGAUCUGAAAAGAAUCACCAAUCAACCAAUGGAGGGCGAAGAUCCAAGUGACUAUAGUUUCAGGCACAUCACUGAAAUUACAAUUCUGACUGUUCAGUUGAUCGUCGAGUUCUCAAAGAGGUUACCCGGCUUCAACGAGCUAAUGCGCGAAGAUCAGAUUACCCUGUUGAAGGCAUGUUCCAGUGAAGUGAUGAUGCUGCGAAUGGCAAGAAAAUACGACGUACAAACCGAUAGUAUCAUUUUUGCAAACAAUCAACCAUAUACGCGUGAUAGCUAUAAUGUUGCUGGUAUGGGAGAAACCAUCGAGGAUCUUUUACGAUUCUGUCGUCAAAUGUUUGCCAUGAAGGUCAAUAAUGCCGAGUACGCUUUACUUACCGCUAUUGUCAUUUUUUCAGAGAGACCCAAUCUGGUGGAAAGCAGAAAAGUGGAGAAGCUUCAAGAGAUCUAUUUGAAGACGUUGAAAGCGUACGUAGAUAAUCGUCGCCGGCACGAAAAAUCGUCUGGUACAAUCUUCGCUAAGCUCCUGUCAGUUUUAACCGAACUUAGAACCCUUGGCAAUCAAAACAGUGAGAUGUGCUUGAACUUGAAAUUUAAGAACAAGAAGCUGCCAGUUUUCCUCGCCGAAAUUUGGGACGUGAUGCCCUAGUUUCCCAGUUGCCGAUUAACGGCGAUUGCGCCGGUCGGCUGAACAAAUCUUUUGACGUCGUAAUAGCAGCUGCAACAACGGCGUCAAUUGGACGCAUGGACGUGGAAAACGGCCUGCGCAACUCUUGUACUAGUGCACCACUAUGCCACUGCCUCACCGUCGCAAGUCAACAUAUUGUAUCAGACGCUGUUCUAGAUUCAUUACGAUCAUUUGUUCUUUCUUGAUGAUCGACUACCUCUAGGUAUCAUCCUGGACUGAUCGAUCUUUAUAUGGUUUGUAAGGAUAAGUAUAAACAAGCCGGCCCUGCACCACUCGCGUGUAAUUUAUUAUAUGUGAUGCAAAAAAGUGAUUCACACAUAUACAGAUGUAAAACUGUGAAAAAGAAAGAAAAAUGUAGAGAAUUUUUUAUAAAAAUGAUAAAUGAUACAAAUGGUGCGUUUAUUUAAGAGCGAUAUAUUAAUAAGGAUAUAUAUGAUCGAAAAAAGAAGAAAACACCUGUGAUAAAAGCUGAUCCAUAUAGUACUAUGAAACAAAAGAUUCAAAGAAACGAGGUUUCGUGCUAACAAAGAUCUAUGGCAUCAAAUAAAGAUGAAUAAUAAAUAAUAAUGAUAUCAAAUCAGUAUAAUCCAUAGAAACUGAUCUUUGGAAAAGUCCAGCCACCUAUUUACUAAAAUCUAAUCUCUAUAAUAUUCAUCUAUCACAGAUUUUAUUUAAAUCGAGUUGCUCACUAUGAACCACGAGCCAACCGUAUCGGUAUUUGCUCUUGCUCGCAAAAUCACACACAUAUUUUGUUGUUCGCAUAAAGAAACCCACGCAAGAAAAGUAGGGCCGGCUCGAGAAUGAAGAAAAAAGCCUUGCUAUUGGAAACGUGCGAAAAGAUGCGCAUUUCAAACAAGAGAGGAAGCAUAAACAAGAGCAAAGGAUUAUACUCUAUUGUGAAAGAAAGGCAGUGGCGCGGCCCAGGCUGUGAUACAAAAAGAACAGUACAGAGAAUGAAGAUAUAUGAAGAAAGCUACCUGCAAUUUACAUUUUAUCGCUAUGUCUCCUACUUGGAUACAUCCUUACAUACACUCGAUAUGUAAAUGUAAUGUAUUAUAUGAUAUAAGGUAUUGAUACCGCAAAUGAAUCACAUUUGUCAUUGAUGAGAAAAUGAAUAGCAAAAUGACAAGUGUAGUUAAUAUAAGGGAAGAAAAGAAUAGAAAGAUAUGUUAAUAGGGAAAGAAUAGAAAGAUAUGUUAACAGGGUGAGAAUAGAAGAAUCGGUGAUAAUGACGAAAAAAAAUUGUUUAAGUAAUCAGCGAUACCGCUAGUAAAAAGAAAGUUCGAGAAUUAAAAUCUUUAGUCAACACUAAUACAAUAUUCUCCCAAGUUUUGACCAUAAAAGAAGCAAAGAUGACUGCAGCCCGUAAAGUGUUCGCUGUUGAGCAGCGUCGCACAAAUGGAGCGCGAAGAUAAAAAAAAUAAUACAUAACAAUACCAUAGAGUCUAUAUCACGCAUACACAUACAGCAUAAUAUAUCUUGCUAGCAUAUACAUUUGUUCAUAUAUAUAUAUAGAGAGAGAAAAAGAGAGAGAGAACGAGGUGCAUGCAUGUAUACGAAUACGUGAGAGAAUGAGAGAGAGAGAGAGAGAGAGAGAGAGAAUUCGUGCGUGUGCGU